AUGGCCGAGCAGGCGGUAGAAGCCAACGGUGUGCCUGGCAUUACUGCCCCAGGUAAUGUCCACGUCAUCCAGGCCAGGAACCCUGUGGCUUUUGGAAGCCAGGGGCAGCCUGUGGGCGUGACCACUUACUUAACAUCAAGAGUGACUGAGUGUGAUGCAGGAAGAGUGAACUUACAGAAGCCUCUCAUGGUGACCCAGAAUCCAGUGAAAGUGGAAGCCACACAGGGCCCACCCACUGUGCUCCAGCAUCCAGCAGCAAUGGCCAGUUUGCAGAGCCCACCGGGGGUGAUCCAGUACUCACUGGGAACCACGGACCUCCAGACCCUGCCUGGGGACCCUCAGUAUCCCCCAAAUCUUAUCCCUGGGCCGAUGCACACCUCAAACCAAUUCCAAUGGAACAUGCCAUUUGCAUCACUUUCUACAUUUAAUCCCAAGAAAUUCGUAAAUGAGGAGGUCAGAACACUGGGGGCCAUCCAGAUCCUCAUCGGUCUGAUGCACAUCUUCUCUGCAAUCAAUCCUUUGCUGUAUAGAUCAGAAUCUGUGACCGGGUUGUCAGGGUACCUGGUCUGGGGAGGAAUAUCCUUUAUCAUAUCUGGAUCCCUCUCAGGGCAGGCUGAAAAGGACCCCAACCCCUGUAUGGUGAAUGGCAGUGUUGGCAUGAACGUGGUCAGCUCAAUCUUCGCCCUGAUGGGGGUCUUGAUUCUCAUCGCCGAUCUGUUCGUUGCCCAUCAGGUUGAAAUGAAGACAAUUUCCGGUGGUGUCCUCCCCUUUGCUCUGCUGGAGUUCUGCCUCACCUGCGUGGUCUCACAUUUUGGGUGCCAGGCUGUCUGCUGCAAUCAGUUUGUGAACACGACGGCAAUUCCAACCAUAGUCAUUGCCAAUCCAGCCAGUGCCACCAUGGGCCCCAUCAACGCUACCACCAGCCCAGCCAGCACUACCACAAGCCCUGCCAACCCCACCUACGCCAGCAAUGCUCCACCAAUGGUGCCCCCUACACCCUCCAAUGAAGAUGUAGCUGAUUUUGCCCAGAAAUAG